GGCCCGCGGCUCACCCGGCCGGUAGCGAUGAGCGACAACGAUGACAUCGAGGUGGAGAGCGACGAGGAGCAGCCGAGGUUUCAGUCCGCGGCCGACAAACGGGCUCAUCACAACGCGCUGGAGCGCAAGCGCAGGGACCACAUCAAGGACAGCUUCCACAGCCUGCGGGACUCCGUCCCCUCCCUCCAGGGAGAGAAGGCAUCCCGGGCCCAAAUCCUGGACAAAGCCACAGAGUACAUCCAGUACAUGCGCCGGAAAAACCACACGCACCAGCAGGACAUCGACGACCUCAAGCGGCAGAACGCCCUCCUGGAGCAGCAAGUGCGCGCGCUGGAGAAGGCCCGGUCGAGCGCCCAGCUGCAGGCCAACUACCCCUCGACGGACAACAGCCUCUACACCAACCCCAAGGGCAGCACCAUCUCCGCCUUCGACGGCGGCUCCGACUCCAGCUCCGAUUCGGAGCCCGACGAGCCGCAGAGCAGGAAGAAGCUGCGCAUGGAGGCCAGUUAGGCCCCCCCACGGCCCCCCGCUGCUGUCGGCCGCCUGCCCGC